ACCCCGCCCACAAGCAGCACGGAUUGGCUGCCCGCCUCAGGCCGAGGCGGUGGCCCUGCCGGGGAGUUGGGCUGCGUCUAUGCGGCAGUGGAGAGAGGUGGCGUGGCGGCCAUCAUGUCGCGGGAGUUCGAGCUCUGUCCCGGGCGCCGCAUUGGCGGCGAGCAGCCGUGCUUCAUCAUCGCGGAGAUCGGGCAGAACCACCAGGGCGACCUGGACAUCGCCAAGCGUAUGAUCCGCAUGGCCAAGGACUGCGGAGCAGACUGUGCUAAGUUCCAGAAGAGCGAAUUGGAGUACAAAUUCAACAAGAAAGCCCUAGAAAGGCCCUAUACCUCUAAACACUCUUGGGGAAAGACCUAUGGGGAACACAAACGCCACUUGGAGUUCAGUCAUGAUGAAUAUAGAGAGCUAAGAAAAUAUGCAGAGGAGAUUGGCAUUUUCUUUACAGCUUCUGGCAUGGAUGAGAUGGCUGUGGAAUUUCUACAUGAACUGGAUGUUCCAUUUUUCAAAGUAGGAUCAGGAGAUACAAACAAUUUUCCAUAUUUGGAAAAGACUGCAAAAAAAGGUCGCCCAAUGGUGAUUUCCAGUGGGAUGCAGUCAAUGGACACAAUGCAUCGGGUUUAUCAGAUUGUGAAGGCCAUCAAUCCAAACUUCUGCUUCCUGCAGUGCACCAGUGCGUACCCACUUCAGCCAGAGGAUGUCAAUCUCCGUGUUAUAUCGGCGUAUCAGUCAGCUUUUCCUGAUAUCCCCAUUGGCUACUCGGGGCAUGAAACUGGCAUAGCCAUUUCAGUGGCAGCUGUUGCUAUGGGUGCUAAAGUAGUGGAACGCCAUGUGACUCUCAACAAAACAUGGAAAGGAAGUGACCACCAAGCAUCUCUGGAGCCAAAUGAACUGGCAGAGUUGGUGAAAGCCAUCCGUACCGUGGAAAAAGCAAUGGGUUCUCCAGUCAAACAACUGCUGCCCUGUGAAAUGGCUUGCAGUGAAAAGCUGGGAAAGUCUGUUGUGGCGAAAGUGACAAUUCCUGAAGGUGCAGUACUGACACUUGACAUGCUGACAGUGAAGGUGGGAGAACCCAAGGGAUUUCCCCCAGAAGCCAUCUAUGAUCUGGUGGGCCAGAAGGUUAAAAAAAAUAUUGAAGAAGAUGAAACCAUCACUGAGGAAGCAGUAGAAAAUCAUGUCAAAAAAGUAAAGUGCUAAACCAAAGUACUCCAUUCCAUAUUUCAUGAUGUAGUACUGCACUACUACAGAACAUAUGUAAGUAUAGCAGCAUGGUAGAUUAGAAGAAAAGGGUGUAACAAGUUAGAAUUUUCAGGGUCUCAUUAGCAGGAAGUUUCUGAAGCAAGGGGAUGUAAAUUAUGAAGAGUGAUUUUAUUAGAAACUCUAUAGCAUUUGGUCUAGAAAAUACCAUGCUUCUGUUUUCUCCAUUCCACUUAACCUAGAUUAAUUUGGAGUUUUGCCAAAUCUAAGACCACAGUUUGCUGCUUUCCAGCUUCCCUUUUCUGGUAAGAAUACAGUAAAUUGCAAUAAUUCUGUCUACACUUUUGAUUGUUCUAACCUCCUGUCUUUUAAUGUUCCUUUCUUCUCUGCCGUUUUCCUUACCACUGUGAUAACAGGACGCUAGCUGGAGUUGAAUGCAGUUAAGUGAAAGUUUACAUACACUGAACAGAAAACUACACAAGCAACCUGAUGGAUUUUUCUCAAGAUGAAAGCCUUAGGAUAAAAAGUCUCAAGUCUCACAGCAGUCAGUUGUGGGAAUCUGCACUCUGGGGAAAAUGAGCUCCUUGAGAAAGCUAGGUUCUUAAAAGUACCAAGAAAGGAAGCAAACUGGAUAUGUAGAAAGGUCCUAUUUAAGGGGCAAGACCCUUCUUGUGAACUGAAAGGCAAGAAGGUAAGCCAGACAAAGAUCAAGGGUGGAAAAACACAUCUGAGAUGGAUCAAAGUAAACUUAACCUAGGCUUCAAGAAAAUGUCAAAAGCAUUUAUUGUGAGCUGAGCGAAGUCUGGAAACUUAAAUCAGUUCUGUGCUGCAUUUUGAUUACCUGUGUUUGUACCUUGGGGUGAUUUCUCAUGUAGGAAGCCAAAUACUGGUGAAGAUUCAGCAGCCUCCUUCCUGUACUAGCAAGCAAAUACAUUGGUGUUUUUUGAGUUUGUUGUGGGUUUUUUGUUUGUUGGUUGGGUUUUUUUGGUUGGUUGGUUGGUGUUUUUUUUUUUGGUUUUUUUUUUUUUGGUUGGGUGGUGGUUUUUUGUUGUUGGUUUGAUUUGGUUUUCUUGUUGUUUUGUUUUGGUUUUUUUUUGUCCCUGAUGCUUGUGUUAGAGACAGCUGAGGCUGGCUGCUUGAGUAGUUCACAUCACUGUGCUUCAGCAUGAUGGACAGUGCUCCUCUUGUGUGCUCUACUCUUUCAUCACAGCUUCACACUUUUCAAGUAAGAAAGGCAAUCCCACUCCCGUCAGCCCACUGCUCAUCCAGGAAGGAGACAUAUGGCAAUAACUGCAAAUGAGGCAUUCCUCAAUUAGCUUCAUUGGCACAGAACUGCUCUCGUAUGUGCAUUUUUCUGUGGUGGUAUAAUUUAUUAGUGAUGGUUAUUUGGAACUUGAUACCUCUUGGUCAUGAGUUGGUGAAGUAUCUUGAAUUUGGUGGUGGUGUUCUGUACCUGUGAGCUGUUUACUUUCAAAAUGUUUAGCCUUCUGCAAUUCCGAGGAAACUGUAUUUGUAUCUUUAAACUGGGAAACAAUGAGUCUUUGAAUCAUGUGUUAGACUGUUAUGUGAGCCCUGAUUGAUGCCUUACAUUAAAAAACUACUCAAUUGUUUGUUCAUUUUUAUUUCAAAUUUGAGAAUAAAUGUAUCUCAGAAAA